GUUAUUUGGGCCAUCCAAGAGCGAAGAAUUCAGCCUGCACGUCGUGAAUACCUUCCCAAAUCCUUUUACUUCACGCAGACGAAUUUACCCUAGUUGUUGAUGACUCGGAAUCGGACUCGGAGGCGGUAGCGUGGCCGCUAACAAUAUCCUCGUGACAAAAUUGUGGUUUAACCCUAGUUCAACCGUUAGUACAGUUAAAUACCAUCUAUCGAUUUAGCCUACAAUACUGGUAUUUUGUGGUUGAAUCCUCGGUACGGUUCAAUGGAGCAUGCCUCAGACUCGGACUCGGCGGUAGCGUCGCCGGAGCGGAAGAAGCCCCGGCGGAGGUGGUGGGAUAGUGGAAUUGUUUCUGGUUCCUUAAAUAAGGUGACCAUCUUUCUGAUGGGCCGAAAAAACAAGACGGCGGCCUAUGAUCACAACGACACCGACCCGGCGGGAAUCCGCACCGCCACCGUUACCGUCGCCCCCAGCUGCGAUUUCCGCGGGAUAAUCGCGCAGAUGGGUCUCGCACUCGUAGAUUCGAAAUUAUAUGCUUUUGGUGGUAAUGACUUUAAUACCUCUCCUAAUGGUAUUGACGAUACUGAUGACGAUGGCUUCCCGUACUGGAAAUACCCGCGAGAUCUGUACGUCUGCGAUCUGGGAACGGACCCCGACAUCCAAAAGCAACCCCUCGAGUUCAAGCAAUACGCAGACCGUCUGAAGGGACCCAAGGUCAGGCCGAUCCACGUUCCUUACAAGGAUGACAAGAUUUUCAUAUUGUCGAGCGCUUAUCACCCCUUGUCGUUCAGAGGUCCGCACCCCGACCUCUCUGCUCCUUGUGAGGUUUUGAACCUCAAGGAUCUCUCCACGCAAGUCGUUGAUCUGCCAUUGGAGAUGUGGGAUCCCCGUUUGAUCCCAUCUUGCUCUUUGCUUCCAGGUUACAUGGGUCAUAUAGUUGUAGGGAGGGAAUUGAUUGUUUAUAUGCACAAUCAUGUUGGCGAACGUGUGUUUGCUCUUGACAUGGAAGAGCUAAAGUGGCGUCGCAUCAUUACUGAGUGUGAUGAUGAUUAUUACGAAACACCUAUGAUACCCAACCUGUUGCUGAUGAUCUACCCAUGGGUUCGGUUUCCUGAGGCGUACUGUUCGAAUCUUGUUCACAAUGGUCGGUUGUUUAUGGUGGAAAGGCAUGGUCAUCAUCGCCCCUUUGAUGUCAUCCUUGUUAAGUUCAUGUCAAAUGCUUCGGCAAGUUAUGCUGAUCUGCUGCAGCAGGAACACAAGACUAGGAAAUCGUGUGCUCUUUCUGAGUUAGCGUCGCGCCUACCAGCUGAUUGUCUAUAUGGGGACGCAAUGGUGGUUCCUUUUGGAGAUGGUGAUGUCUACUGUCUCUUUCUCUGGUGGGGACUUGAUCCGUUCAAAAUGAAGAACCAGUUCAAGGUUUACAAGUUUAAAUUGGUUGAUGAUAAUGGUGGUUGUGAAAUCUUAGGCGCGGUGGAGGAUUUCGGUGUUUUUGCACAUGAUUUUGGUUCCUCUAAAAUCACUGUCUUUACCCGCACCAGCUAUAUAGAGACGGGUGUUUGGUGAAGGAGCUGCUGGAUUGCUCAGCCAUGUGAAAUCUUUGCAUCGGAUUCUCUCUAUAGUGGUAAGUUUUUUUGUUCCAAGUACCAGUUGCUAUCCUUUCUUCCUUCUUAGUACUUGACACUCUGUUUGUUUCCAUGUGGAUAUUAUGGUUGUUUAACUUUCCUAGACUUGGCUUGUCCUCGAGUGUUUUAAGAGUGAGGAUUCUCCUAUCUAUUACCUACCCGUCAUCCUCCAUUGAUGGAACUAAUGUCACGGCCUGUGUUCAUUUUUGUGUGGUUUCUCGUGGGACUGGGAAAAGGAGAAGAAACAAACUGUCACCCUGGUGACCUGUGCAUAAAUAUGCUUGUGUGUUUGAAUUCUCUACCGUCUUUUGUGCUGUUUUUCCUUUUAGUGCCUUUGCAAGGUGCUGAGCUCAUCUCUUGUUUUGACUAGUUGGGAGAUUUUGGCACGCCGGUCUCAGGGCAAUGUGAUUGCAGGGCUCCAAAAUUUCCAGGGCUACUUGUGGAGGAUUGGGCUUGUAGCUGAUUUCCAGUUUCGCUGGCUGAACAUGGGGGGCUUCUUUGCUUUUUGUGGUGUCGUCUUAAAUAUCUAGUGUGAAUCUGUUAAAUUAAAUUAGAUGUUUCCCAUGCUCUGAAUAGCUUUUUCAUCUGCACUUUGGACUACUGGAAUCUGUGGGAAACAUGAUUAUUUGCAGUUUUUGGGUAUUUCGUAUUAGUGUCGGUUUUAAUGAUUGGGGGAUUAUUUGGGUAAUUGGGGAAUAAACAGGGAGCCUAUUG